GCGCUGCCUGCAGCCGCCACCGAACGCCGUCCGGCUGUAUAUAUAAGAGCAGGCGGCUGGAGGAUCAGCACUCGGAGAGAGGGCGUGCCCUGAGACAAGCGUCUUCACUCGACGGUCCUCACCGGUUCCAGCGCAAGAUGCGGCUCCUCUCCCUGGCCCUGUGCGUGGGCCUGGCGACAGCGUUGCCGACCUAUCAGGACGCCAUCAGUCAUCCAGCGCCACCGCCGGUCCUCGUCUCUGGCAGUCUGGGCGGCCAGCUCAGCCAGCCAGCCAGCCAAGACCAUGCAGGGCAGGACUCCGACGGCUGCCAGGCGUGUGCCGGCAAUGGCGUGGGCGUUCAGCUGGAUGUCGGUGUGCCGUCCGUCCUUCUCGCCUCCGGCGGAGGUGUUCUCUCAGGAGACGGUGAGGGCGGCCUCGCCUCCAUCGGAGGUGUUCCCUCAGUAGGAAGCGGGAUCGACAUCUCAGCGCAGGUCGGCGACGGCAGGGUCGUGACCCACCAGAGCAGCUCGUCAAGCAGACAGUUCUCGCAGUCGUCACACUCCUCCCAGACGUCCUACUUUGUCAGCUCGGGGGGCGAUGACAUCAUCGAGAUCGUGGUAGCGCAGGCCGCCGACUACGGCCUGGAGUGCGUGCCUGCUGCGGACCUAACCGAGUCGGCCAAAAUCAUUGUCGAGGAGAGCGGUGAAAAGGGUGAAAAGGAGGCCGUUGCUGCAGUCGGCGACGGAGGAGCGGCUGCCUCUUCGUCUGCUCGGGAUGCAGCUGCCUCGUCGGUCACGGUUGGAGUUGCGGGAGACGGUGCUGCCUCCUCUUCGUCCGUGGGGGGUGAGGAACAUGGAGCCGCUGCCUCCUCAGCCGCUGGUGGCGAUGGAGCUGCCUCGUCCUCGGCUGCUGGUGGUGGCGCUGCCUCGUCUGCCGCUGCUGGCGGUCUGGAGCUUGGAGGUUCCUCCUCUUCGGCUGCUGCUGGUGGUGCCGCUUCGUCUGCUGCUGCUGGUGGCGAAGAACAUGGAGCCGCUUCAUCCUCGGCUGCUGGUGGUGGCGCUGCUUCGUCCGCGGCUGCUGGUGGUGGAGCAGCUUCAUCUGCUGCUGCUGGUGGCGAAGAACAUGGAGCCGCUUCAUCCUCGGCUGCUGGCGGCGCUGCUUCGUCUGCCGCUGCUGGCGGCUUAGAACAUGGAGCUGCCUCGUCCUCGGCUGCUGCUGGUGGUGCCGCUUCGUCCGCUGCUGCUGGUGGUGAAGAACAUGGAGCCGCUUCAUCCUCGGCUGCUGCUGGUGGCGCUGCCUCGUCUGCCGCUGCUGGCGGUGAAGAACAUGGAGCUGCCUCGUCCUCGGCUGCUGGUGGUGGCGCUGCCUCGUCUGCCGCUGCUGGCGGUCUGGAGCUUGGAGGUUCCUCUUCUUCGGCUGCUGCUGGUGGCGCCGCUUCGUCUGCUGCUGCCGGUGGUGAAGAACAUGGAGCCGCUUCAUCCUCGGCUGCUGGUGGUGGAGCUGCCUCGUCUGCUGCUGCCGGUGGUGCCGCUUCCUCUGCUGCUGCUGGUGGUAGAGAACAUGGAGCCGCUUCAUCUUCGGCUGCUGGUGGUGGAGCUGCCUCGUCUGCCGCUGCUGGUGGCUUAGAACUUGGAGCUGCCUCGUCCUCGGCUGCUGGUGGUGGCGCUGCUUCGUCUUCGGCUGCUGGUGGCGGAGCAGCUUCGUCUGCUGCUGCUGGCGGUGCAGGACAGGGAGCCUCUUCUUCUUCAGCUGCCGCUGGUGGAGCUGCCUCAGCCGCUUCCAGCGGUGGGGCAUCGUCAUCCACCUCCGUCAGUGGUGGGGAGAUCUCAGUCAUCGAAGACACUCACGAGGAGAUCAUUCAGGACUGCAUCUGCGUGCCGUACUAUCUUUGCAAGGGAGGUGACAUUAUCACGGACGGCGCUGGUCUGAUUGACAUCCGCUUCGGCCCCGCAGAAGGGGAAGGCCCGAAGUCCAACUCGCAGUGCAAGAGCUUCCUGGAUGUUUGCUGUAAGGUCCCCACAGGCUUUAAGGAGAGUGAGUCCCAGUUUGGAGAGUUCCCGUGGAUGGCGAUUAUUCUGGAGGAGCAGCGUCAGGGCGGUAAACGUCUGGAGAAAUACCUGUGCGGCGGCUCUCUGAUAGCUGAUGACGUCAUUCUGACUGCUGGCCACUGCGUGAACGAUAAGCGAGCUGGCAGUAUCGUAGUCCGUCUCGGCGACUGGGACACCAAGCGCGAGACGGAGAUCUUCCCGCACGAGCAGUUCCACGUCAAACACAUCGAGGUGCAUGAGGAUCUCAACCCGCGCACGCUCUUCAACGACGUAGCGCUGCUGUUCCUGGACGGCAAGGUGACUCUACAGCCGCACAUCGACACCAUCUGCCUGCCGGAGCCGGACGAGGACUUCGACUACGCGCAUUGCGUGGCGACGGGCUUCGGCCGCGACAAGUUCGAGGGCGGCACCUACCAGAACAUCAUGAAGCAGGUCGACCUGAACAUCGUACCGCACGAUGCGUGCCAGACGAAGCUGCGCACGACGCGGCUCGGCCGCUGGUUCAAGCUGCACGACUCGUUUACGUGCGCCGGCGGCGAGCCGGGCGUCGACACGUGCAAGGGCGACGGCGGCUCGCCGCUGGUCUGUCCCAGCAAAACGGAUCCCAACAAGUACGUCCAGGCGGGCAUCGUGGCCUGGGGCAUCGGCUGCGGCGAGGGUGGCGUGCCGGGCGUGUACGCCAGCGUGCCGAAGCUGCUGACUUGGGUGCAGGAGAAGCUGGCGGCGUUCCCAGCCAGUGGUCUGCCUGACAGGCUGCAGCAGCAGCAUCAGCCAGUGCCCGUGCAGGUAGUCCAGACGCCGGUGCAAGUGUCCCUGCCACCGCCACCGCCACCGCACACGCUGGUGUCCAGCGGCUAUUAGAGCGGGAAGAACACCACAGCGGGCGAUACGAUCGGAGAUUGCAAGAGCUGAGACAGCCAUGGCGGUGCUAAAGCGAGCAGGUGGAAAACGGCGACAACGAAGCAGUGGGGCAUGGAAAAUAAUCGACAAACGUCUCACACUAGAUAACUAAAAAUCUUAAGAAAAUGGAAGGCCAAAGGGCGAUCAGACACGGACGAUCUGUUGCAAGCUGCAAUUUCACCGGAGAAACUGAGCCUUAAUUACUCAUUUCGGCUAUCGUGGUAACAGACGACCCAUGUUCAGGGUGGUCUGAAAAGUUUUACCUUGGUCUUCCCCGCUCGUGUUAGGUAACGAGUUGAAUAAAACGCGUUUUGUCGUA